AUAGAGAGUGGGAAUUUUCCUUCCUUUUUAUUUAGAAACAGUCUACUUUUAUCAACUUUUUCGUUUCAUUCCGACGGCCGGCAGGGCUGGAGUGGAUGUGAAUGGCGGAAUUCGUCGGAGCUGACAACGCCGAAGCUAUAAUCACAAGAAUUGAGCACAAAUCUAGGAAGAUCGAAAGUUUACUGAAGCAGUUUAAACCUGUUGAAGCUCUGAAAACUGCUCUCGAAGGAUCUCCUCCCGUGACUAAAGAUGAAAGAUGCAAGUCUGCAAAUUGGAUUGUAGUCCAUAGGGCAAUAAUGGCUAUAAAGGAUCUGGACAGCUUGUUCUCUUCCCUAGAUCCCGAGUACUACGAUAUUUUGAUGAAGUAUCUUUACCGAGGCUUGUCUACUGGAGACCGCCCCACCUGUGAUCAAUGCCUAAGGAUUCACGAAAAGUUGACCGAGAAAGCUGGUCUGGGAUGUAUACUAAGGUGUCUGGCUGACACUGUAAAUACUGUCUAGUCUUUCCGCUCUAUAUAUUUCAGAGGUUGAAACCCCGAGUAAAGCUUGUGUUGAAUUUUGAUAUCAUAGAACGCUCAUCUCGGAUGCUUUAUAUAUUCGAGUCUCUAUAUAUACUUCCCCUUGAGAUGAUGAUAUUGUUACACCACGAAAUACAAUCGUUUCAUCACUCAUACUUUGAUUCAAUUGCCUAAUCGCGUCCGAGAAGGCUCUUAACGGGUUGCACGGUGGUUGCCGUGUCCGGGCUGGUCUAAGAGUGUGACCUAUGGAAUGUUUUCUAUUUAUCCAAAAUAUGAGUUCAAGGCUUUGAGUUAAAAAAAAAAAAUGGUGGGUUAGUGCUUUGGCAAAUGGCAGCUUAUUACAUGAUGGCCUUGCAAGUUUUCUCUCCUUUAGGCCAUACUUUCAUACCACUGGUGUGUGUUUGUGACUAGCAAAGACUACAAAAUUCUAUUUUUCCUGUUUUUAUUUCAAUCUUAUUUUGAAUUCUUAUUGAUAGUUAUACUACUUACGUCCCAUAAAAAGAUUCUACAUUA